AUGGGUUCAAUAAGUGACGGAAACGAAUUGAACGAGGAUAGUUCAAAACGAAAAUUAAAAAGAGGUCAUUCCGGUGUGAAUCAGUUAGGUGGAAUGUUUGUUAAUGGUCGACCUCUGCCCGAUACAACACGUCAACGGAUUAUUGAGUUAGCUCAUUCAGGUGCUCGUCCAUGUGAUAUAUCACGUAUACUACAAGUAUCCAAUGGUUGUGUCUCAAAGAUAUUAUGUCGUUAUUAUGAAACUGGUUCAAUUAGACCAAAAGCGAUUGGUGGAAGUAAACCAAGGGUUGCUACAAAUGCAGUUGUUAACAAAAUUGAUAUUUAUAAACGUGAAUGUCCGUCAAUAUUUGCUUGGGAAAUACGUGAUCGAUUAUUACAAGAAGGGGUAUGCACACCGGAUAAUAUACCAAGUGUCUCAUCUAUCAAUAGAGUUCUUCGCAAUUUGUCAAACGAAUCACAAAGACAAUUGUCGUCUGCCGCAGCAGCCGCUGCUGUAGCUGCGGCCGCUGUUGCCGCUCAAGCUGUUGUACACAGAAAUGAAGUGAAUUCAAAUUCAAUGGGUGUAUCGAAUACAAAUCAACAUAUUUCAACACAAAAUUAUCUAUCAAAUAUGAAAUGUGAUUUACAUGGUUUAACUAAAUCAUUUAUGCCAUCUAUGUUUAAUUUUACACCAUAUCAUGUUACAAACAACAAUAAUAAUUCAAAUAACAAUAAUAAUAUCAAUAAUAAUCAUAAUAUAUUCACAAUGCCACCGUCGAUAUCACAAUUCUAUAGUCAACAAAAUUCAAAUCUAAACAGACAUUCUACCAGUUGUUUUAAUGAUCAUAAUGUGAUUGAAUCACAUAGAACUGUUCCUAAUACACCUCAUAUACAUGCAAAUAAUACAAUCUAUUCUAAUUUAAAUCAAAACCCACACUCACCGAUAAUAUCCUGCUUCCAAACAGGAAAUGGUAUAAAUAAAUCUGUCCCGUCGAAUUUUAGACAUGAAAACUUACACUCGAUGCGUUUACCUUAUGAUAAAUUUAAUGAUUUAUUAAUAACUGCAUCAUCGGGCGCAUCACAAACUUCAUGGGCACAAGCAUGGUAUUCAGCAGCGGCCGCAUCGGCCAAUAGUGUCUAUUCCAGUUUAUAUAAUUCAUCUAAUUCAAGUCAGAAAAAUGAAUUCCUUCAGGAAAGACAGUUUUCACCAUCUUUAAAUUACUUAAAUCAUUGUGGAUUGCCUGGGUUUUAUCAAAACCUAGAAAAUGCAGUUAACUCAGUGAAUGACACUAAUAUGGGAACGAAGUGUUCAGGGAAUGUGGAUAUCAAUAAUGAACUAGAUAAUCGUAGUAUAAGUGAAUUAUCACCUCAUUGUUCUGAACAACGACAACAGUCACAUCAUCGUCAUCAAGAGAAAUCAUCUAUGCUAUCUCAUCAAUCAUUGCAUAAUACAUUACAUAUAUAUAAUGAAAAUAGCUCACCAGUGCAUCAGUCAUUAUUAUCAAAUAAUUAUGAGUUGAAACCGGACUCUAAAUGGUCAUUCAAUGCAGAUUCAUUACGUCAUUACAACGAUCAGCACCAUCAAACUAUGCAUCAACAAGCCGAAAACCAUCAGAGAUCUAACAAUAAUUUGUUCAAAUCAGAGACAGAAGAAUUUAAACAGUUAGUUUCUUCUCUAGAUGACAAGGAAAAAACAGAUAGACCGAGAAGAAGGUUUUCAAUAAACCCAUUGUUUACAUAUGAAAAUAUAAGUAAUGUGAAUGAGAAUACAGCAAAUUUUAUGCAGUCACAUAAAGACGAUGUUGUUAGCACGCAUCUACAUUAUUUAUCAAGUAGAGAUAUGCAAAGUAUUGAUGAGCAGUCAUUUCCUCAUAUAGAUAAGGAGCAUAGAAUGAACGAAUCACAAUUGGGAAUAGAUGAUGAUGAAGAUGAUGAUAAUGACGAUGGUGAAGAUGAUGAUUGUGAUGAUUUGGUUAAUUGUAAUGCAGCAAUUAGUUCAGCAUCAGCUGUUUCAAGUAGUAAUGAAAAUAAUGUAAAUCAAUCGUUAUCAUCGUCUUCUGCUAAAAUCCUAGACUCAAAGUUAACAACGAAUUUAUAUCUUAAGCAAAUAAACGAUUCUAAAGAAAGAAACAUCGGGAGUGAAACAUAUUCAUGUAGAAAUUCUGUAAAUGAAAAUCGAAUUGUUUGUGAUGACAGCUUCACAGAAAAUAACCAGUUACUGAUGACAAGAGGAUCAAAUCCAGAAUUUUUUGAAAGAGAAUUUCAUGAAAAUUUUACAAGAAAAUUAAAUGAAAUUAAUACAAGACAUGAACAUGAACAACAAUAUAAUAUAAUGAAAAUAAAUAGAAUGAAUGAACUUUUACAGGGGAACAAUAAUGAUCAGACAACUUUACAACAAUCACGAACACCGAUAACAACAUCAUCUUCAUCAUCGUCAACAGUAAUGACAGAGAAUGCAAAUAAAUUUAUACAAUUGACCAAUAACAUUACUACUACUAGUAGUAGUGGUGUUGGUAUUAGUAAUGAUAGUAGUGAUAAUAUGACAAGUGAAAGGAAUGACUUUAUACAAAAUCAAUUAAAUACACAAUUUUAUCAUGAAUUAAAUGAAACACAAGAAACAUUUUUAGAAACAUUACAUGCAAACCAAAUAGAACAGCCAAAAGAACUAACUAAAAAUAAAGCCUUUCUUAAUACAGAUAAUUCUGAUUUAUGUGUUAGAACAAUGAAUAAAAGACCGAAUAGUAUUACUGCGAUUGUUCAAUCAAUAUCAACAACAACAUCAUCAACAUCAAUAUCGUCGUUGAAUAGUUCAAAAUCUGAAUUGAAUGAAAGAUCUAAUUCUGUAUUAAGUGAAAUAAAUUUCUCACAAAUGAUUAUGACUGAUGAAAAAUAUCAAAGUAAUAAACAGAAACAGUCAGACCAACAACAACAUCGUCAUCAUCAUCAUCAUGAGGAGCAACUGCAGCAACAACAACAACAACAACAACAGCAACAACAACAACGCAGUCGUACUUCAUUCUCUAAUCUUCAAUUAGAAGAACUUGAAAGAGAAUUUGAGCAUACACAUUAUCCUGAUGUGUUUUCUCGUGAAAAGUUAUCCAGUCGAAUCCUACUGCCUGAAACCCGUAUACAAGUUUGGUUUUCUAAUAGACGUGCAAAGUGGAGACGUGAAGAAAAAAUGCGAAUGAAACAAUUAGCUUCUAGAAAUCAACAGAAAUCAAUUCAUCAGUACCAUAGUAACAAUAAUAAUAAUAACAAGAUCAACCCAUUAAUAUCAAGUUUAACAAUGACACCAACAAUAAAAUCUGUUGUAAACACUGCCUAUGUCAAUAAUACUGAUAUUAGUCUAAAAGAUAAAAUCAAUAAUACUUCCAGAACCGUGGAAAUAAAUAAUUCAAAUCGUUCAAUUUAUUCUGGAAUUCCAAAUAAAAGUAAUAAUAAUAAUAUACAUAUGACCAGUUGUAUUGAUGAUGUAUCUAAUAAAAAUAUUGAUUGUGGAUCAACUGAUCUACUCAGAUUACAGGAUGAACAUAAAAUUCCAUCAUCUAAAGUUCCUGUAAAAGUUAGUAAAUUAAAUGAUUUCUUAUCAUUAUCAUCUACCAGGUAUUCAACUACUGAUUUAUUGGUUAAAAAGAAUAUUGAUGAAAGAUAUAAUCUUUAUCAUAAUCCUUUCUAUCAUAACAUAGAAGAGAAACACUGGACUUAUUUACCUCCACAUCUACAAAUUCAAUCACAAAAUAAUUUGGAUCAAUCAACAAUUGAACAACAAACAUGUUUGAGUAAUAUACAAAAUAUAACCAAGAAUUUUGUUUAAAUUUUAAAAUCUCGUCACUAUUAAGAACAACAAUAACAAAAAGAC